AUGGCGGACGAAAGCCUGCACGUACCGGAUACGAACAUCGAUUUCCAUAUCGUUCAGCUGUUCGAGCGGCUCGAAACGAUGCGCAAGGAACCGGGCCAUAAGCUGUCCCGGUCGCUGCAGGGCCGCAUCAAUAUGCACAACGAGCUGCGCAGUCUGGAGUUCUGGAGAUCGAUCACAUGCGAAUGCCUGGCCUCAUUCUUCUACGUGUUCAUCGUGUGCGGUGCGGCAGCCGGUUCCGGUGUUGGGGCCAGCGUCUCCUCGGUGCUGCUAGCGACCGCUCUGUCUUCCGGGUUCUCCAUGAUUGCCUUGACCCAGUGCUUCCUUCACAUUUCUGGAGCCCACGUGAAUCCUGCCGUGUCGGUCGGAAUGGUCGUUGCGCGCCAAAUUUCACCACUCCGUGCCUUGCUGUACAUCGUGGCGCAAAGUGGCGGAUCGAUCGCCGGAGCGGCCCUGCUCUACGGGUAA